CUGAAGCAAGUUUGGUGGACGCCGGCGGUGCUCUCUUCGGCAAGGACGUUUCCAGUUCUGCAGCUCUUCUUAUAGAAAUGGGACGCCGGUCAUCAGAUACUGAAGAAGAAAGCCGAAGUAAGAGAAAAAAGAAGCACCGUAGACGGUCAUCUUCAAGUAGUUCUUCAGACAGUAGAACAUAUAGCCGGAAGAAAGGUGGGAGGAAAUCAAGGUCAAAGUCAAGAUCUUGGUCCAGAGAUCUUCAGUUUCGUUCACAUUCUUAUGACAGAAGACGCAGGCAUCGGUCAAGCAGUAGCUCAUCUUAUGGCUCAAGAAGAAAGCGAAGUCGAAGUCGAUCAAGGGGUCGAGGGAAAUCCUACAGAGUUCAGAGGUCUAGGUCAAAAAGCAGAACAAGAAGGUCCCGGUCAAGACCUCGCCCACGCUCCCACAGUCGAAGCAGUGAAAGGUCCAGUCACAGAAGAACCCGCAGUCGAUCUCGCGAUAGAGAGCGCCGUAAAGCCAGAGAAAAGGAGAAGAGAGAAAAGGAGAAGGAGAAGGGAAAGGACAAGGAAUUGUUUGACAUCAAACGUGGGGAAUCUGGAAGCAUCAAAGCUGGAUUAGAACAUCUGCCGCCAGCAGAACAGGCCAAAGCCAGACUACAACUGGUUCUUGAAGCUGCUGGUGAGUGUUGA